AUGAAGGUUUCAUCCACAAGAAAGUGUAAGAAAGAUCAAACUAUUCCUUCUAAAGAUUCAUCUACAAGUUUUGUCCUUGACGACAAAUCACGAGAGCAGUAUAUCAACGAUGUUGAGAGGUGUAUGCAGUACAUCAAAGACGGGGAGAGCUACGAGCUUUGUCUAACUACUCAGAACAGAUUGAAGAUAGGGAACACUGAUCCUCUGGGGCUUUACCUCCACCUUAGAGAGAGGAAUCCAGCUCCAUAUGCAGCCUUUCUCAACUUCUCAAAUGCAGAUUUGUCUUUAUGCUGCUCAUCCCCUGAAAGGUUUCUUAAUCUAGACAGACAUGGAGUGCUCGAAGCAAAGCCGAUUAAAGGUACUAUAGCUCGUGGCUCCACCCCUGAAGAAGAUGAACUUCUUAAACUGCAAUUGAAACUCAGUGAGAAGAACCAAGCAGAGAAUCUGAUGAUAGUUGACCUUCUGAGGAAUGAUCUAGGCCGUGUAUGCGAGCUUGGAUCAGUCCAUGUGCCUAACCUUAUGGACGUGGAAACAUACACAACAGUACACACUAUGGUAAGCACGGUCCGUGGACUAAAGAAGUCGGAUAUUACUCCAGUGGAAUGUGUAAGAGCAGCUUUCCCUGGCGGUUCAAUGACCGGUGCUCCAAAACUAAGAUCUGUAGAGAUUCUUGACUCGCUUGAGAACUGUUCGAGUGGACUUUACUCUGGGUCAAUAGGGUAUUUCUCGUAUAAUGGUACGUUUGAUCUGAAUAUUGUGAUAAGAACAGUGGUGAUACAUGAGGAUGAAGCUUUCGUUGGAGCAGGUGGAGCCAUCGUUGCUUUGUCAAACGCGGAAGAUGAGUUUGAGGAAAUGGUUCUUAAGACUAGAGCUCCCGCUAGUGCGGUCGUGGAGUUUUGUAGUGGUGGUUUAGUGAUCAGAAGACACUAG